UCUCCCCAUCUCUCUCUAUCUCUCUCUCUCUCUCUCUCUCUCUCAAUUUACAGAAUAAUGAAGCUCCACUCUCUCCCUCUUUGCCUCUUUCUUCUUUUCUUGUGCUUGCCUUCUCCAUCUCCCAUUGUCGCCGUCGGAGAUAGCCCCUUCACGCCGAAGGCUUAUCUGAUUCGUUACUGGAAUAACAAGAUUUCUAAUGAUCUGCCCAGGCCGUGGUUUCUCAUCAACAUGGCGUCGCCGUUGACCGCCGCACAAUAUGCCGUUUUUUCCAAGAUCGCGAAGGCGGAUCGGAACUCCCUCGCCGCCCAAUUGCCGGAAUUUUGCUCCUCGGCGGACCUGCUCUGCUUCCCCGAUUUAUCCCCCAGCAGCCUUAGCAAGCACGACGACAACGUCAAUUUCACCUCGUACGAGUUCCAGAAUUUCACUAAUUACGGGUCCCACAGCGCCGCCGGCGCCGACUCUUUCAAGAACUACACCGUCGACGUGAACCUCCCCGUCGACACGUUCAGGCGGUACAGCCGGGAUUCCUCCGCCCACACUGAUCGGUUCUCCAACUACGCCACCGGCGGCAACGUCGCCGACCAGAGCUUCCACACCUACGGCCCCGCCACGGCCGGCGGCGCCGGCGAGUUCGGGAACUAUGCGAAGGACGUUAACGUGCCGAAUCUAAGGUUCACUGCCUACUCCGACGACGCCGAUGGUCGGAAACAGGAGUUCAAAUCUUACUCGGAAAACGCUAACGUCGGCGAUCAGAACUUCACGAGCUACGGCAAAAACGGCAAUGGAGCCGCCACUGGGUUCACUAGCUACGGCAACAAUUCCAACGUGAUGGACACCGCGUUCAAAAACUACGGCGAGUCCGGUAAUGGAGAUGCCGAUACCUUCACAUCGUAUGCCUUUAACGGAAACAACCCGGAUAACACCUUCAAGAAUUACGGCGCCGGAGGGAACGGCCCCGUCGACACGUUCAACAGUUACCGUCAGGAAUCUAACGUCGGCGCCGAUUCUUUCAACUCCUACGGCAAAAAAUCGAACGCCGCCGAUGUCGGUUUCGUGAACUACGGCAAAACGUUCAACGGAGGGACGGAUAAAUUCUCCGGCUAUAGUGACAGCGACAGAGUUUCCUUCAAUGGCUACGGCGUAAACAACACCUUCAAAGACUACGCCAAAACCGGCGUCACAUUCGCCGGCUACCUGAACGCCACCGACGUAACCGCGGCGGUGGGGGCGGCCAAGGGCAAAAUGGUAAAUAACAAGAGGUGGGUGGAGCCCGGGAAGUUUUUCCGAGAGAAGAUGUUGAAGAGUGGGACUAUAAUGCCUAUGCCAGAUAUUCGGGAUAAGAUGCCGAAAAGGUCGUUUUUGCCCCGGAAUAUCGCGGCGGAGCUGCCAUUCUCCGCCGCGGAGAUCGGCGAACUGGAGAAAAUUUUCCACGCCGUCGAGGGCUCCGCCAUGGCUAAGAUGAUCGCCGGCACGUUGGCCGAGUGCGAGCGCGCACCGAGCAGAGACGAGACCAAGCGGUGCGUCACCUCCGUGGAGGACAUGAUCGACUUCGCCACCGCCGUGCUGGGCCGGAACGUGGUGGUUCGGACGACGGAAACCACCGUGGGGGCGAAACAAACCAUCAUGAUCGGAUCGGUCAAAGGAAUCAACGGUGGAAAACUCACCAAAUCAGUUUCGUGUCACCAAAGCCUUUUCCCAUACUUAGUCUAUUACUGCCACUCGGUCCCUAAAGUUCGGGUCUACGAAGCGGAUAUUUUGGACCCGAAAACCAAGGACAAGAUCAACCACGGUGUUGCCAUUUGUCAUAUCGACACGUCAGCUUGGGGUGCCACGCAUGGUGCCUUCUUGGCACUUGGGUCGGGUCCGGGUAAGAUUGAGGUGUGCCAUUGGAUCUUUGAGAAUGACAUGACAUGGACGGUGGCAGAUUAAUCAAAUAUGCUUAAUUAUGUCAAUAACUCAUUUAAAGUACCAUUUUAGGUAACAUUUUAUCAUUUUAUGUUGGAACAUGAAUGGUGCAGCCUUUGAUUAAUGACUUUUAAUGGAAAUGGUUUAUUGAAUAGUA